GAUGGGAGGAAGGGGAGUCGGGCGAAGACAAACAUGAACAAGCUGAAGUCCUCACAGAAGGAUAAAGUUCGUCAGUUCAUGAUUUUCACUCAAUCCAACGAGAAGACUGCACUGACCUGCCUGGCACAGAAUGACUGGAAACUAGAUGUUGCCACCGACAAGUUUUUCCAAAAUCCAGAGCUCUAUGUUCCAAAUCUAAAAGGGGCCUUAGACAAGAAGAAGCUUGAACAGCUGUACAACAGAUACAGAGAUCCUCACGAUGACAACAAGAUCGGCAUCGACGGGAUCCAGCAGUUCUGUGAUGACCUGGGUCUGGACCCAGCCAGUAUAAGUGUUCUCCUCAUAGCCUGGAAAUUCAGGGCAGCAACACAAUGCGAGUUCUCAAAACAGGAGUUCAUGGAUGGCAUGUCAGAGCAAGGGUGUGACAGUAUAGACAAGCUAAAAGCUCAGCUGCCAAAGAUGGAGCAAGAGUUAAAGGACCAAGGGAGAUUUAAGGACUUUUACCAGUUUACAUUUAAUUUUGCAAAGAAUCCUGGCCAGAAAGGUUUGGAUUUAGAAAUGGCAAUUGCAUAUUGGAAUUUAGUACUGGCUGGAAGAUUCAAGUUCCUGGACUUGUGGAACACAUUUUUAGUUGAGCACCACAAAAGAUCGAUUCCUAAGGACACUUGGAACCUCUUACUAGAUUUCAGCACAAUGAUCACAGAUGACAUGUCGAAUUAUGAUGAGGAAGAUGUGAUUGAUGCUGCUACCCUGCGUCACACAGGCCUAGAGCAUGGCCUGUCCUUAUUGACGACUUUGUGGAGUUUGCACGGCCACACAUCGGGACCAAAAGUACGGCAGUUUAAGGGCUCCUCUGAAGGAACAUCCAUGUGAGGUUUCCACAAAAACAAGAGAGCGCAGUGAAUGGAGAAAGUGGACCGCACUGAGCUGAGAACUAUGUUGCCUUUUCAACCCUCAGGACUGAAAUAUUUUACACAGCAGAGACUUUAUAUAUGUGUGUAUGUGUAUGUACAUAUAUAUAUAAAAAAAAGGCAUAUCACUUUGUUGGUCAACUUGUGGUGGUUUGGAACUUUUAACUAAAGUAUUGGGCUUUUUUGUGUGCGCUCAAGCCAACUAGAGAGGAGUCACCAUCUUGGCCCACCUGGUUCAUUGAUGUGGUUGGGCUCUGCUAAAAAGCAGGUAGAUAGACACACUUUUGAAUUGUAAUCUAAACACGAGGGUUUACCAGGGGAUGUUGUUCUUUAAAUAUUGAAUUGAAUUUUAAUACUCUUGUGUGCAUUCCUAAUUUUUGAUUUGUUUUAUGAUACAUUUGUGUGACAAGUCAGUAUAAAACAUUGAUUGUAAUUUUUUAAGCAUAAUGCUGUUUCUUUAAACACAAAUGUAUAAAGUAAAAUAAAUGUUUCAAUUUGGUAUCUUUAAAGCUG